UCUAGGCACCUAGCUUGAGAGUACUUUGUCUGCGGGAAGACAAAGAGUUCUACAUUGAAAGUACGACGAAACUUACUCGUGCCUACAGUUUGAACAACGAUUUUGACGAUUAUUCCCAUCCCCUUUAUAAAACCCUAGAAAAGCCCGCGGAAAGUCUGUCUUCAGAAAUAAUAUCUCGAUCCACAAGCUCAGGCCACAAGUGUCAAGAAAUUAUGUUCCUUUACCUCAGGUUAAAAAUCAAAAUACUGAGUUGCAUACUGUGUUAUUAGUUAUAUAUUACUUACUGUGAGUGCGGAUGCUUAUGCGUGAUUCGUGAGGAUAGGGAGAAAGAGGCCUGUGUUGACGACUUUGAUGUUUGUUAUGUGUUUGGAAGAAAUUUAAUCCCCGUUUUUCUUGAAAUUUGCUCCUGUAAUUGUUGCCUCUUUCACUGUGGCCACAGGAGGUUCAGUGAUCGCGAUCUUAGCGAUAAAGUACAGGACCUUAAAUGGGCUGUUGGUAAGAGGGAAGUGAAUUGCAGGGAUUUAGUUGACGAAAUUUUCUGGGUUGACUGUAACUGAAGAAAUCUUUUUGUGUACAAGUGAAUAUUGAGUUCGUUUUGAAGCUUUUUAUUCAAUCUUUAAAAUUUUAGUUUGAGGGAGCGAUAUACUCAUAUACACAGUGUUGUCAAUUAUAAUGGAUGAAGCUUCGAAUGCUUUGCCUCCCUUCCUUGCCAAGACUUAUGAAAUGGUGGAUAACUCCUCAACCAACCCCAUCGUCUCUUGGAGUCAGAACAACAAAAGUUUCAUUGUUUGGAACCCGCCAGAAUUUUCCAGAGAUCUCUUGCCCAGAUACUUCAAGCAUAACAACUUCUCCAGCUUUAUCAGACAGCUGAAUACUUACGGGUUCAGGAAAGUUGAUCCUGAGCAAUGGGAAUUUGCAAAUGAUGACUUUGUUAGAGAUCAGCCUCAACUUAUGAAGAACAUCCACAGACGAAAACCAGUUCAUAGUCACUCUACACUUAAUCUUCAGGCCUCAUCUCCAUUGAAUGAAUCAGAAAGACAAGGGUACAAGGAUGAUAUCACAAAGCUAAAUCGCGAAAAAGAGUCCAUUCAAUUGGAACUUCAAAGACAUAAGCAGGAAAACCAAGGAUUUGAGUUGCAAAUGCGCGGGUUGACUGAACAAUUACAGCAUGUGGAACAGGGACAAAGGAGUAUGCUAUCCUCCUUAGCUGAAUUGCUGGAUAAACCAGAGCUGACGCUAAGUCUGGUUCCCCAAAUGGGAUUGCCUUAUAGAAAGAGACGGCUUCCAGGAAACAGUUAUCUUUAUGCAGAAAGUGUCAUCGACGGAAAUCGACCAAUGGAAGACAUCAUCCAAAAUACUAUUCCUAACUUUAACAAGGAGUUGUUAGAUCAAUUAGAGUCAUCUUUGAUAUUCUGGGAAAAUCUGUUUCAAGAUGUUGGUCAAAUAGUUCAGGUCCAUGAGAGUUCAGGAACUGAGUUGGAUGAAUCUACCAGUUGUUGUGCAGAUAGCCCCGCCAUAUCAUACACACAGCUUGGUGAUGGGGGACCCAAGACUUCAGGAAUUGAUAUGAAUGCAGUGCCAAAUAGGAACCUGGUUUCGGAGGUGGGCCCACACCAAGAUCCUGACACAGUACAAGAGGUUGCUCCUAACACUCCCAAAAGAGUAAAUGACUUGUUCUGGGAACAAUUCCUGACAGAGAAUCCCGGGUCAACUGAUGCACCAGAGGUGCAGUCACAAAGGAAAGAUCUUGAUGCCAAAAAAAGUGAAAAUAAAGCAGCCGAGCAAGGGAAGUUCUGGUGGAAUAUGAGCAAUGUAAAUAGCCUUGCCGAACAGUUGGGGCAUCUCACUCCGGCAGAGAGAACCUAAAUUGAUCUCUCUUAAUUCGAGAAUCCAGAACUUAUCCCCAUAUUCUACGUGAGAAGGAAAUACACCUGCAUCCAUUCAAUGAUGAAUAGUGGGACAUUGAGAUGCACACUUGCAUCCAUUCAAUGAUGAAUAGUGGACAUUGAGAAAGAUAUACUGACUAUUGAUUUUAUUGAGUCUACCUUCCUCCCAGUUAGUUUGGGACACCAAGAAAAAAUAGAAGUCUUGCUUGGUAUUGAAUGAGCAAAUUAUGAAUAAUACUAUUAGUAAAAAAGAAAGAGGCACACAAUGUGUGGAACGCUGGACUACUUGGCACCAGAAAUGGUGGAGAACAAAGCUCAUGAUUAUGCAGUUGAUAACCGGACUCUAGGCGUUCUCUGCUAUGAGUUUCUGUAUGGUAUGCCUCCAUUUGUGACAGAAACCCAGAAGGAUACCUUUAGAAGAAUUAUGAAGGUUGAUCUCAUUAGUCGGCUUCUUGCGAAGGACUCUUAGCAAAGGCUAUCCCAUCAUAAGAUCAAGGAUCAUCCAUGGAUAACAAACAAUGCAAAUCCCAAGGGAGCUUGCUGGAGCUGACCAAUUUGUUCUUCCUACUAAAUCUUUGAGAUGGCAGAUCUUUUAUUCAAAAACGUUAUAAGAAGACAUCAAUAGGGAAAGAACUUCACUUGUUCCUCCUUUUGCUAGUGAAGUACUCACUAUCCAUAUCUUAUGGCACAACCAGAUAUGGGAAAUUGUCUUCUGUAGUUUCCUUAAAUGGUUCCUUGUCAAAAAUUGUAUUGGUAUGUCUUGCACACCAGAGCAUGUAUUUUCUGGGUGAAAUUGUUUCUUAUAGGUUGGAUGUAUGUGCAUAUAAAGAUUAUAUUUUGCAGUUUGUGCAAAACAGAGACAUUUAAUGUGGAUGACAUUAUUAAUGAAUACCUACGCUGAUAGAG